CAAUGGGUACAGUAAAUAUUGAACUAAUACAUUUUGAAAAGAAUGUUUCUUUAAGUUAAAGUACUUUUUUCAAGACUUUCUCUGAAAUGCAAUAAAAGUAUAUUAGAUAAAUAAUUAAAUAAGAGCUGCAAUAACUAAUUAAGUGGCAAGGAUUCCAUCCCCAAAGGAACGAUUAUAAGCAUCACUAUCUUACAAUAAAAAACAAAGGGAAACAAUAAUAAAUUAAAGUCGAGAAAGAUUUGAAAUAGCAAUGUCUGAAGCUCUUUCUCUGACUCAAAAAAGUCGAAAUAGAAAUUAUUAAAAGUUAAAAAGAAGAGAUUAAAACCAUAAGAAAGCAGUGGAAUUAAAACCAUAAUAAAAAGGUAUAGAAAUAGUCAAUUUAAAUAGUCUUUCAAAUGCCUUAAUUAGAUACACCAUUAGAGAAUAGUAUUGAUAGUCCUGCAUAAUUGAGUUUCUAUUUUGAAUCUUAACGUGUCAUACGAGACAUAAAGACUUUUAAACCUUCGUUUACAGAAUAGGCUGCAUUUACAUUGUUGAAUGAUUAACUAUAUUUAUAUGGAGGUAUAGGAGGAGAUGGAGUUAGAAAUCAAAUGCUCAAAUAUGAUAUAAGUAUCUAAAUAUUUAUUUUAGAAUUCUAAAUUUGGUAAGUAGUAUAAGGAAAUGGAGAACAACCUAAACAAGGAAGAGCAGGUCUCUCUGUUAUCUAAUACAAGAACAAAUUUGUUUAUUUUGGAGGGUGUGGAUAAUUCAAUCCUAAAUUGAAGAUUAGAGAAUGUUCAAAUUAGGUUUUGGAGUUUACAGUGAGUAAUUUAUCUUGGGAAAAAUUACAUCCUCAAGGGGAUUAUGUAGAACCAAGAAGAUAACAUAGAGCUUGUUUGAUAGGAUCUAAAUGGAUGUUGAUCUAAGGUGGCAUUAAUUCAAAUGAAGAAGUGUUAUCUGACACUUGUAUAUUGAAUAUCGAAAAAUAAUAUUGGAAAAUCUAUAAAGUCAAAUCACCUCCAAUAUGUUGUCAUGCUAUAGUUAAUAUAUCAUCUUAAGGUAAAUUCUAGGAGAUGAUAUAAAAUGAUAUAAUGCCUUAAGAUCUAAUAUAUUCUUUUGGAGGUAAGGAUUCUGAUGGUAAUUCUGUCAACACAAUAAGAAAGUUGACUUACUGUUCAUUCAACAAUAUUCCACUUUCUUGGGAUAUUGUUGAAUGUACAGGUAAAGCUCCUCCUCCAAUGCAUAAUCAUACUAUUGAGUAUCUAAGAAAGGUUUAGGGCAUAGCAGUUAUUGGAGGACUUCGAGACUUUAUUUUAAAUGGAACCUUGGAAUCAGAUCAAUAUUAUAUAUUUUAUCCUCAUCUAAGUCUUUGGCAAGAAGUUAUUGCAGAGGGAUAAAGAAUUCCACGAUGUGCCCAUUCUUCAGUCAUGCUCAGUUCUAAAAUUGCAGUAUUCGGAGGAAUUGGAAAUGAACGUUACUUAGAACCAGAUGUGGGAUUCAUUGAGACCGAUUAAAUGUAAGUAUUUACUCGAGUUACUAAAGAGAAAGUGAUGAAUAACAUGAACUCAAAUUUUGAAGAGCCUUCUAAACUGGAAAAUUCAUUUAGAAAGAAAAAGUCUCUUUUUUAAGAUGAAUCAGAGAUCUCUGAUGGAUAUAAACCAUUUAGGAUUACACUUCGAAAAACUAAUCAAGCUAGGAGAUCAUACUUACCAAAUCCACAUCGCAAAUAAGUAUUUAUUAGGUAUGACAUCUUGAUGGGAUUCGUUAGGCAGAUCAUAAAUGAAAAUCUUCAUAUACUCUAGAAUUUUGAUAAAUAUUUAGAAAGAAAAAUUAUCUGA